UACGUGUAUCGGCAACAGGACGACGUUCUCCAACACUGCCAAAAAGACGGCAUCUGCUGUUUCGUUUCCACGUUGUCCUGAAUUGCGCAUUGAGAUGAAACCAUCAAAAGUUGCACUUGAAUUUUUCGAUAAUUACGUGCGGCGAGCUCGCGAAUCACACAUGGGAAUAAAGCACACGUGCCAGCUUAUCAGCUAGUGUUUAAUUCAGAAAGGAAAACAAAGAGCGCCGAGUCCUGAACCACAUCAUGAAAAUUGAGAAAUCACGAUGUGCGAUUAACGGCAUCUACGCACCGCAUGAACGCAAUAUUCAUCCGACGAAGCUCUUAAUCGGUACUGCUCCUGCUCGAAAUACAAAAAGUAUAUAUAAACAGUGCACAUAUUACAAAGAUAAUAUGUUUGGAUCCGCUCAGGUGUGCAGUGCGUUAGUGACUUACCGCGGCACAUCGAAAUUGCCCGUGUAGAGCGUUCUUCUUGGCACAAAUACACAAUUUUUGGUAGCACCAUGAGCUGCUCGGUCAGGAACCGUAAGCGGAACAGCGGCAGCACGCUGGACGAAUACGACAAGGUCAGCACUUUGGCCAAUGCCGAUGAUACCGAGUGUACAUCGCCGGAUCCGGGGCGGGAGCCGGAAAGCAACGAACCGGAUUCGCAGACAGAGCCGGAGCCGGAACCUGAGUUUGGCCAUUUGAAUGAGACGCGACGGAAGAUUCACGAUGCCAUUGCUGCUUUGAAUGAUGAUAGCUUCGAUAAGCGGAUGGCCCGGUUGCUCAUGCAGUACGAGGGUGCCAUUCGGGAAGAGUUCGAGCGGGCACAGUAUUUGCCCCUGAAAUGCCGCAAGCUGGCGCGAAUCCUAACCGGUCUCACCGAUGUCAUCCACACCAUGGUUCAGGGACGAGCGCUGCAGCGGGACGAGGGAUACAGGCAACGCAUGUGCAAUAUUGUUGGCUUCUACAUAUCCUGCGAACUCUGCUCCGCACAGGAGCCGGUGGAAAAGGAGGAGAUCAUCAUCAACCGGAUCAACAGCUGCCUGAAGCUCUAUGUGGAGUACGGAGAUGGUGGCGCCGGCGUCCACCGGGAGCACGUGCUGCGCACUCUCCUCGCUGCACCCAAGCUCUUCAACAGAGCUAGCAUUUUGUCCAUGCUGUACAGCCGCCUCUUUCCCCACUGGUCCAUGCCAAGCGUUAUGAUUCAAGCAGAACUGCCAGAUAAACUCUACAUUGAAUACAUACUCAUAUUUUACUACUGGCAGCGCCUGGAGUCGGAUGAGGCAGUCAAGGAGCGCAUCGUGGAGUUCGCUGAAAAGUUUAUGAGACCCUCAAGAUCACUGGCCAUAAAAAGUGUCUAUGCCCACUACUUGCCAAAGUUUACGGACCAGAAUGCGGCCACGCGCACCAUAUUGAAUCAUCUGCGGAUGAGCAGUUGCACCAGUUUGCAUGUCGUCAGCAAGGUGGACAACCGACCGCCCCAGUCCAACGAAGUGGUUCUUAGCUCUGAUGACGAGGACAGCUGCCCGAUGUGGGACAUAUCUGGUACGCCGACAUCAUCAAUUAACAAUCACCCGCCCGUUUUCCUGCAGAAUCUCUGCCAGAAUGCUCGCCAGCUGGAGCCGUGCAAGAGGGCCAAUGCUCUGUUUAGCGGCAUUGACAACUCGAUAGAGAUCGUGGAACUGCGCGACUCUGACGAUGAUGUGGAGAUGUUUUCGGUUAACUUUAAUGUGCCUGCCAACGUGGAUGGCAUCAACUCGAACUCCAACUCAAACGAUUCGGCUAAUCAGACAUCCACAACGAUCCUUGGUGAGGACGACUCCGUGCCGGUCACUCGCAUAUAUCCCAGCAACCUGCGGACUUACGAAAGGGCUGUGCUUCCACCCACUACCUACACUGUCCCACGGAUUGUAAACAGCUAUAGUUGCCGCCGUGAUAGUCUCCAUUUGGUGUCCACAACGGCGCCACAUCUUGUAGAUCAGUGUGUGCAAACGUUGGACGACGAGGAGCCGGAUCUGGCGGAAGAUGACCCAUACUCAGGCGCCCACAGCCACGGCUUCUUCCCGCGAAGCAGCAAUGCCAGCGAUGCCAGCGGACAGCGAACCCCACUUUACCACUGCCGUCAAACUUCUAGUCAAAACAGCAACUGUAGCGAGUCUUCUCUGCUCAAGAAACAGGUUACCUUCAGUCCCCGGCACUUGGGCGCGACUACCCCGAACGCCAAGAUGGGGGCAUCCAAGAAGCCAUCCAUUAAGCAGUACAAGCCAUCUUCGUCCAAUGGCACAGAAUCACAUCGGUGGAAAGAAGAGCACCGAAAGGCCAGUGCGAAAAUGUUCGCUAAACUGGACGCCAAGAUCAAAGCCAGGAAUGAAGCUGUGAAUGUAUCUGUCAGUCAGCUAACGCCUACCACUAGCAACGCCUCCAGUAGCACACCCACAAAGAUCUCGGCUACACCCACCCGCAUCCGGAACACGCAACGAGGACAAAGAGUGGCGUUGCCCACGCCGCCAGCUUCAACGCACAGUUCGAGUAGUCCCUGCCAGAUACGAAGUGCGUACAAUGACAGCCAUAACUCAAACGCCGACUUGGAUUUCAGUCGGCGCCUUUUCUCCAAGGCAGCGGGCGAUGAAGCCAGCUACUACAAUCACCUGCUAACCCUGCAGCGCGAAAAUAUCCGACAACGUAGGUUAAAUAAUCAGAAAAAGAAAAAGAAUAGAAGAGUCAGCCAAAAGGUGCAAAAGAAUGACGAUAAGCUUAGUAUGCUCAAGCAGGCCACAAAGCGCUGUCGGAAGCUUCGCCGCUUAAAUGCAAAGCGGAAAAAGGAAGUACAGCAACUGGAGCAGGAUCUCGAGACCAUUAAGAAUUCUGCGCCGCAUAAAUUGCCUAUAAUAAGACUGAAACGUUGUAAUCUCAAUAGCCGGAUACGUUCACAAAGAGCUGAAGAAGCUCCUACUGUCCAAGAGGGUAUAAGAUGUAAGAAUUCUGAUGAAGAGGUACAUGAACAAACGAAGGUGCAGAAGCCUAAAAGAAAGCGGCACAAAAAAGUGCAAAAGGAGCUAGAAAGCGGAACAAAGCAGGAACAAGAAAUUAUAUCAUCUCCAAAUCAAAUGAAUGAAGAGAAGGAAGAGAAUAGGGAGAAACACCACGCUCCUGAAGCGCCAAUUGAGCAGGAACGAGAGCUCGACCUGGAGCAUCAACAGUUUCUGGAAGAGCAGCUGCUACAGGAGCAACAUCAAUUGGCGAUGCAUCACGAGGAAGAGCAUCACCAUAUGGAUGAUGAACCAGAGGCGCACGAGGAAGCACGACUGUUAGAGGAUCAACAACCGCCGGAGGAAACACAUCUUCAUGUUGAGAACAUAAACUUGGCAGAGAAAGAGCAACCUCUGGUAGAAGAGGAUGCCCAGGAAGCGGAAGAUCAAAAUCACAAUGAGCAUUCAGUGGAAGAUCAGCAACAGGAAACGGAUCAACAGCUGUUGAAGGAGCAGCCAGAGGAGCAGGAAGAGCAACAGUCACUGUGUCACGAGCAGUUGGACAAGCAAAUUAUGCCAACACUGAAUGGCAAAAGGAAAAAGCGAAGACGGCGAUUCAAGCGCCCUUGUUGGACGCACCGAAAGAGUAAGAAAAAGGUGCAGUGGCUCAUAGAUUACCCGUUCGAAUUUGAGGCAGAGCCCGCACUAGAUACCUCUCCUAUUCAACCAGAGCCGGCUCCAGAUGAACAGCUAGUCGAACCAGUUGCCGAGCCGACACCAGAGCCCGCCUACGAUUUCGACCAGGACUUGGUGCCCGAGGUGGGCAACGAAUUGGAGAUUGCUGCUCCCAUUCGCGUGGCCGAGGACGAAGACAGCACUGCGAUACUUUCGCCGUCCCACAACCUGGAACUGGUGACCAGUCACGUGCCGGUGUACUUGCUCAAUGGAGAAAGCCGCGAUGUCAGCACACCCCUGUCCAGCAGCUCCUUCAGUGCCGGAGGGUCAGAGACAUAUGCGUCGUCGAAGGAAUUAGUUUAGGAAGCCCACAUGCAACCCAGUUCGAGUUCCAGUUGCCGAUCCAAUCCCUUUGAUCUUGGCCUGCAAUAGUAUUUGUAUUUAUUCUUUCGAAGAAACGUCUGUAAAACUGUUGAAUAACUGUAAUACUUAGGUUAAUUGUAGUUAAUUAGGAGUUGUUGAACGUUAUGAUUUUUUAGCAUACAUCUAUUUUGCAAUACACUUUUCCCAUUAAAGUCAACGCGUACCAAAUCCCCGGCAUUAUCCAUGUCAAUUCUAAGAGAUAAAACGAAAUUAUUAGUGUAAAUUGUACGUAAAUUAAUAAUAAUCUAAACAACAUAA